CAAAAACAAGUGCUGAAAUGCUCCUCGACGAUCUAGUUGUUUUUAUUGAUCCGCUUUCUUCGGUUGUUGUCCCGUCAAAUGUUAUUCCUGAACUUCAAUCAAAACCAUCAAUUCCAUUUCAUCUAUCAGUUGUUGUUGAUCCAUUAUUUGAUAAUCCGGAAAAUAGUACUAUUUCAAAGUCGCUUAUUGACUUAUCGUUCUCAUCCCACGUUAUUGAUAAGCUACAGCCCUACUGUAAGGAAACUAUAUCCCAAUUGGGAUAG